GGCCGGCUCGGGCACCAUGGGUGUGAUAGGUGUACAAUUGGUGGUUACCAUGGUAAUGGCUAGUGUCAUACAGAAGAUCAUACCUCACUAUUCUCUUGCUCGUUGGCUUCUCUGUAGUGGCAGUUUGCGGUGGUAUCAACAUCCUACUGAAGAAGAACUAAGGAUUCUUGCAGGGAAACAAAGAGGAAAGAGCAAAAAAGACAGAAAGUACAAUGGUCAUAUUGAAAGUAAACCCCUAACCAUUCCGAGAGAUAUUGACCUUCAUCUGGAAACAAAAUCUGUGACUGAAAGAGACACUAUUGCAUUGCAUUAUUUUCCGGAAUAUCAGUGGUUGGUGGAUUUCACUGUUGCAGCCACAGUUGUGUAUGUGGUGACAGAAGCCUACUACAGCAUUGUGAAGCCCUCACAGGAGAUGAAUAUCAGUGUAGUGUGGUGUCUGCUUGUCCUGGCUUUUGCAGUUAAGGUACUGUUUUCGUUGACUACCCAUUAUUUCAAAGUAGAGGAUGGAGGUGAAAGAUCAGUCUGUGUCACCUUUGGUUUUUUCUUCUUCGUGAAAGCAAUGGCAAUUCUCAUUGUGACAGAAAACUAUCUAGAGUUUGGCCUGGAAUCAGGAUUCUCGAAUUUCUCAGAAAGUGCUAUGCAGUUCCUUGAAAAGCAAGGUUUGGAAUCCCAGGGUCCUGUGUCUAAACUAACCUUCAAAUUGUUCCUGGCUGUUCUGUGUUCACUUAUUGGUGCUUUUUUGACAUUCCCUGGCUUGCGACUGGCUCAAAUGCAUCUGGAUGCUCUGAAUUUAGCAACAGAAAAAAUAACACAAACAUUACUACAUAUAAACUUCUUGGCACCAUUAUUUAUGGUUCUACUGUGGGUAAAACCAAUCACUAAGGACUACAUUAUGAACCCACCUUUGGGCAAAGAGAGCGUUCCUUUAAUGUCUGAAGAUACAUUUGACACCGUGAGGUUAUGGAUUAUUAUCCUGUUGUGUGCUUUACGUUUGGCUAUGAUGCGUCAUCAUUUACAGGCCUAUCUGAAUUUAGCCCAGAAAAGUGUGGAUCAGAUGAAAAAGGAAGCUGGCAGAAUAAGUAUGGUUGAUUUGCAGAAAAUGGUGGCUCGAGUAUUCUAUUAUCUUUGUGUAAUUGCACUGCAGUAUGUUGCACCAUUGGUAAUGCUCCUUCACACAACUCUGCUCUUGAAAACACUAGGUAAUUAUUCUUGGGGCGUCUACCCGGAAUUGAAUUCUGACACUUCAGUGGAAAACAGUCUGCUUCCCAGUUCAGUUUAUACCGAGUCUCCACCUGCUGAUGGAAAGAUGAAAGUAACUGUAGUACAAAUAACAAUGGCUUUGGGAAGCCUAAAGAAUAUUUUCACUCCUCUUCUGUUCCGGGGACUCCUGUCUUUCCUCACCUGGUGGAUUGCUGCUUGCCUCUUCUCUACAAGCCUUUUUGGGCUUUUCUAUCACCAGUACCUGACGGUGGCAUGAACAGGUCAACUGACAAAGCAAGUGUGAGGUCAAAUACUAGAUACGAACCCAGCUACCCAAAAGGGGAUGAAAAGAAGAAAAUUACAUACGAAGAGAAAACAUAUCAGAAUUUUUAUUAAACACUUCCUCUGUGUUCUCAGGGUGAAUAUUCUUAUUAAUGUUGAAAAUUGCAACUGGGUUUGUUGUUUUUGUUACCCAAAUGGUAGGUAACAAAUUGAAUUGUAGUAUCAGGACUGGCUGACUUUACUGUGUGGCAGGUGGUGAUGAGAGUGCUGUAAAGAUAUGACCUCUGAGUAUCUUGUUUCCAUAAACAGCAAGCCAACCUCAAAACUUUGUGUUUUCAGCAUCAAGAGUCAGUGAGUUAACUGUUAGAAGGGUACUGGUUAUAGUGCUGGGGGCUGCCUAUCGAUUAAAUCACAAAACUGAGCCAUACAAUGGAAGGAGAAAGGGGAUUUAAAAAAAAUAAAAAUGUUCUGUUGGAUAGCUGUUGAUCACUUUUCUCCAUGAAAAAUGAAAUAAUCCAACAGGACAAAAGAGAUACUGUAUAUUACAGUAAGGAAAGUUGUAUAAAAUUUAAAUUUAACAGGAAUAGAUGUAUGGACUUGACAGGUAUUGCUGCCUAAAUAUUUUGCAGGAAUGCUUGUGCAGUAAGAGGAGAGUUGUCAAAAAUAUAUUGUUUCAGUCCCUGCAGUCAUUUUAAAGUAAUGGCCAUCUGUAUUGGUGCUAAUAUUGAUCCACAGAUUCCAUUUGGAUCUUUUAAAUUUCUUCUUUCCAGGUAAUAGAUAAAUUCCAUUGAAUUAACAAGAUCAUAGUAGUAGAUUAGUGACACCAAUCAAACAUUUCAAAACAAAAAGUUUAAUCCUGCUGACUGAGAGUGUAUGUAUCUGUGUAAUGUACAUAUAAAUAUAUAUUAUAUAUUAAAUAUAUAAUAUAUAUGAAGUUAUAAAGUAUGGAAAUUUAUUUUAAAUUACUGAAUGUAUCUUGCAGGGCCGUGGGAGAGGGAUGUAUGUGUAUCUAGUAAUUUCAAGAUCCCUUUUGAAAUGAAAAUUAAAUUUUUUUUGAAAGUACAGUUGAAAGGGCUAUUUGUUUUUGGUGCCUCUUCAAAGGUACUUAGCUAUACUAAAGAAAAUAUGCUCUUUUGGAAGAAAAAAAUCUACUUAAACUGUUAAUCUUGUGAAAUCUCUGUUCUUUAAUAUCAUCAUCUCUUGCCACUAAUCUGUGUUAACUUGGCCAUCUAGUAACAACUAGUAUCUCUUGGCUUCAGAAAUAGGUUUUCUGUAUAAUAAAACAGCUAUAGUAAGGAGGAACAAAGCAUUUAACUUUACAAGUUUUGCUUAACUGGAGGGAUAGAUUAUAAAUAUAAAACAAUUGCAAAGCAAAGUAGAAUGACAUUUUUUCAGAUGUUUUGUGUAAUCACAAAACAGGAAUGGGAAUUUAUAUGCAGUAACAUUUUUAAAAAGUUAAUAUUACACUUUGCAAAGGUCAGUUUUGUUUCUUUAAAUAAUACUAGCUGUUUUUAUAUUACUGUUCUUUUUCUCUUGAAGUUGUGUACAGCUUUAGCAUAUAAGAAGCAUUUAUAAAUGGAAAAGCUUAACUAAAUAUUUAAUAUGUAGCAAACCUACCAUAUGGGAAAACAAACUGUCAAUGAAUGCAGAAAAUCAAUAAUUUAGGCUGGUGAUAAACUGUCUUACUAUGUUGAAUGCCUUUUAAGUUAUUUAUUAGUUUAUUAAAUUUCAUUUACUGCUACUAGGGAAAGAUUUACGUGCACCAGCUAGUACCUACUGCAUGUGUUUGGGAUGUGUGACAACACCUUGCAUGAUUCUGCCAGUUUCAUUGCAGUUCAGUAUUUUAGUGCUACUGGUGCUGCAAGCUGUGUUUUUUCACACCAACUUUUCUUACCUAACAGGGACAAAGGCUUAAUUGUGUGAAUUGGCCUAAAGAAAAACAUUUUACUUCAUAGAUUCAGAUCUCGAAACAUUCCUAGGAAGUGUCUUUCAGAUGCAUAGAAUGACAAAAUGUGACAGGCCCAGCAGUACUGGACCCACUUUCUAUUAGUUUGAGAUGUAUUAUUGCUAAUAGAAUUAACAUAGACAGCUUGUAAGUUACAGUUAGAUAUCCAAUGUUAAUGUUUUAUUCAGGGAAAUAAAACAGUUUGAUUCUGAUGGUGAACUUGAAUGAAGAAGUUCACCAAACAGGAGAUACAACAACUUGUGGCAAUCUGAAGGAUAGGAGUAAACUUUGGAUGCUGGGCAAGACUUCAAAAUAAUAUUAAGUAAUGGAGUUCCUGUUUGUUCUAAAAGAUAGUAAGUAAAAGUGAACCAUAGCUAUAUUAUAUCACAAAGGUAAUUGAUUGUGUGUAGCUGAGCUUUGCAGAGCUUUUGGUGGGAGCUCACUCUGUUAUUCUUCAGACAUCACCCUAAUCACAGUGAAAAACAGGCACCUGGAUGUUGCUAACGUUAAGAUCAACGCUUCUGGCCAUUGCUAUUUCUUUGUUCUGCAAAAAUGACUGCUUGACCACCUGGUCAGCAGUCUGAUUUGAGUGGGAGGUGGUCUUUCUUUGGGUCUGUUUAAUCCUUACAUGAGUCUAGCAGGCUUACUGAACUAAAAUAUAGCAAUAAACACCUUUGAAAUGUGAGGUGACAGUGAAGCUAGAGAGGGAGCGUGUUGCUAUGGCUGUGAGCAAUGCUUCCUACAUCUACCUGAUGUACUCAAAAGUGACUUCUAAAGUACAAUAGCAACCCUGCUAGUCUUGACUUCCCAUAUGUAUCAUGUAAGCUUCAAAGGAGUUAUCUACUCACUUCUUUAGCAAGUUCCUUUAAAUAGCAGCUGGCAGAUACUUUUUUUUAAUUUUUUUUAGACCAUCAUCACCUGGGUGGUGGAAAACAUCUUAAAGAAAUGCUAAAGCAGGUAGAAAUUGGCUGAGAAGUUUGUAUUUUUUAUUGAGGAUUCUUAAACAUUUUUUCCUGCUUUUUGCCUACUAUCCACUUAAUUUCUGAGGGAUUUUAGAAGGAAAGUGCCUUUGAGAAAGAAUUAACAUUACUUACUUUUUUCCUUACUCAAUUCAGAUUGCUCUCUCACUUCAGUAAUGUGACUUGUUAGCUUGACUCCUUUUUCCUACCCAUAGGUAUUGUUUUGGUUCAAAUUACUAUUAAUUUUGAAGGAUUUUUUCCUUUAAUUAGUUUAAAUAACUUCGAAUUCCAGCUGAAAUAUGAAUGAACUUGUUAACAGUUGUUUACAUACUGCGCUUUGAUCACAGAAGUCCCUUUAGAGAAAGUGUUAAGAUAGUGAUAAAUCCAAGUCUUCCAGCAACUUCAGGGCAGUCCAGAUGUAACACUUGGGCUAUUUUUGAGAUUAUAUAGGUUUAUUAGGAAGAGGAGAAUGAAUUAUAACAAGCCUAUUCUUCCGCCUUCCAGGUGAUGUCCUCAGGCAGCACUUGUCCUCUUUUGAUACCUUCUCAAGUUACAGCAUUUUCCAGGUUUUGAGGUAUUUUUAGCUUCAGUUUUUCCUCUUCCAGGCUCCUCUUGCAUAAAUAUCAACAGAUGAAAUAAUGGAGGAAAAACACAUAGUAUCAGUACAAGAGAAUAUCCUUGUAUAGGAGGACAUGAUUUAUAAAAUUCAUUUUAUGGCAGUUGUUCUUUGCUGCCUUGGAAUCACAAGUACUGGAGGAUGUGUGAAUAGAGACGCUGCUUAACUGGGUUGUAAAGUCACCCAUCAACAAAAAUGCCACCAAAUCCACAAACACAACCAUUAGCUUGUAUAAUCUCAGUUAUACUCAGUAUGAAAUGGUUAGUUAGUACAGAAAUUUGAAGUAACCUCAAAGAAACAAUUAUAAGUUUUGUAUUUUGUCACAGUAACUACAGCUAAAUGCUAACAGAGGUCUUCAGUUUACCACACAGAAAAUUUAAAGUAUCUAAUCUCACAGCUCUUGUAAGACUCUAAAAGAUAAAAAAGCCUUAUGCCUUUCUAUUUUCAAAGGCCUCUGUUUUCCUUCUGAACAUUAGCAUUUUUCUCCAGAGAAGACUUAGAACAGUUUUUAAAUGCUAUGCUUCAUGUUUUAUCAUAUGGCACAAGUUGCGCCUUUAUUGGUUAACCACAAAAAUCCUAGACUUGACCCUGCAGGUAAUUUUGUCCCUACAAAAUUAUUAGUAUGUUUUAGUUAAGAUUAAAUAAUUAAGUGCAUGGUGAAAAUGGAAACAUGGAAUGAAAAUGAGGCCUAAGAAAACUGUGUGUUCUGUUGGAGAAAUGUCUAUUAUGGCUGACCAAAAUCUUGAUACAGGAAGGCAACAGCAGGCUACUUGUAUCCUAAAUUAAAUAUUAAAUGUGAAUGUUUACCAUUGAGUAAAUAAGACUGUUAUUUUCAGCAUCUGCAGCCUAAGUUCUAAAUCCCAAAUGGUAAAUCAAGAGCAAUAUUUUGACCUCACUGAUACUUAUUCUAAAGAGAAUCGAGGCAACAAGCAUUGAAGCCAAAUUUCUGAUCUGGUUAAGCAAGUGGUUGCAGAGUAGUUAGUCUGUGCUUCAGAGUGAUUUUUGAGCUGUAACUUCUUUAGGAAGAAAGUUCUGCCAUGCCUUGUGGCCUUGGCAGUGCAUGCACUGAAAUGGUUGGUAUGUCUCAUCUCCACUUCUAAUUCUGGACUGAAAGGUCUUCCUCCUAUGUGGGAGAGAUCGUGAGGCCAAGAUGUUAUUUCAAGGCUGCUUUUACUGACAUCUGUAUAUGCUGCACUUAACUUUUUCAAGUCUCUCACUGUGGACUGCCAGGAGAGUAAUGCUGCACUGGACUUUGUUUUGCAUGCCAGUGUGUAUGUAUUUUUGUAACUUUGAUUUCAAUGGCAUUUUUAAUGAACAUUACUUUCAGUCAAAUAAUCUUAAUCCUGGUAUCGUUGAUCAUCUUUUUAUUUUUUCAAUUAGUAUCAGUGCCUGGAAGCAGAAGUCAAAUACUUCUAGACUAAAUUUUUUUAAACUUAAUGUUAGUUAAGACUGAGUUAUUAACAAGUAUGCAGUUUUAUAUUGAAGCAUGAAAUCCACCUGUAAAUACCAAACUCUUUCCGUAUGUGAUCACACAUCAGCAAGAGUCCUUAUCUGAAUUUGCAGCAUUUCUCUCAGCACAUGCUGUCCAUAUAGCUCUGCUAUUUAUAAAACAAACAUACACCUCAGUAGAGAUUUAAGAGUAGCUUUUUACUAAGUCCCUAGUAGUAGGCCAUUUCUAUUUAUUUUAGGGUGCUGCCAAGUAUCUUUUUAAACCUGGCGUAAAAUACUUUGUGCUUAAAGUCAACAAUGUUCUCUUUUCCUCUGGCCAUUGUAACUCUGCUUCCCAUAUAUGUUCUAAGCUUCAAGAAUGCAUAUUUAUAGUAUUUUUGAUAAAAAAACCUUGGACAAAGAAAAAUGAGCCAAAAAUUCUAUUUUGUAAGUACAGUUCAUACCCAUGUCGUAACGUGCCAAGAAACAGUUUUUAUUUUUACUAUCUCUAAUCAUUCCUUUGUCCCAUUGUUAACAAUCUUGCACGUUUUCAUUAUGUAAGGCUUUUCUAGGAAGUAUACAUGUGGGAAAAUACUCUGUAAUAGCAAUCACAGGAAACUUUGUCUAAUGUUUUCAGUCUUCCCAUUUAUGUGAGCAAAUAAGGUAAAAAUGGUAUUAAAUAUUUAAGCCUAAAAGUUCUCAUAAGGUAGACUUGUUACAAAUUGCACAGGGAACAUCCUCCAAGUUGUAAAUAUUUUACUUUAAUUAUGUCUCUUUCUUGCUGGGAACACAUAAAUUCAGUGUUGUUGUUCUGCUAAUAGUCUUUUUUGGUGUCUUUUUAAGUAAAAAGCACAUAAUACUCCCUGCUCUAGAACAAACCUAAGAACAAAAGCCUCCCCUCCCUUUGUUUCAGUAUUUGCCAAAUGGGAAAGACUUCUGAUGUCGUUUAUGGAAAUUCUAGCUUCCUCUUAUUGCUAAAUUACUGUUAAAAUACAAUUUUUGUAGUGAUAGCUUUACAAGUAUUAAGACUGUCAUGCUUCACAGUGGUGUGAAAUGGUUGUUGCUAUGUAUUGACCUGUCCUGACUGGUGUUGCAUUACCUGCUGUUUCAAAACAAAUUGUCUCAUUUGCUUAAUGCUUUAGAGAUUCUUGGGGAUCUGUGAACCAGGAGAGCGCAGCACUUGUUGGAAAAUCUGGGGAUAUGCUCUAUUUUGGGUUGGGGUUUUGUGGGCAUUUGGUGGGUUUUUUUGUUGUUGUUUUUUAAGUCAGUGUGGAUAAUACUUGGGUACAAUUACUACAAAUAAUAAACAACCUACAGUAACAUUGCAUUCUUUUUGUACACUGCAGAUUAAAGUGCCUAAAUGUGGGUGAUCUCUAGGGGACAUGCUUUAAAUUUCAUGUUUGUACCUUUGUAGUUAUUUUGUGACAUAAUAGAAGGUUACAUUUUGGAAAGAAAAUGCAAGGGCUGAUAGCCCUUAAAAUGGAGUUUGCUAUAAAAUUGUUUCAGAACAGUUUUUGGCUUACAGAAUGUCCAUGUGUGUUUAUGGGUUAUUACUCAUUGGAGGCAAGUAAGAUUUUGAAGGAAUCUUCAUUCCUGUUACUCUAAUGAUAAUCUAACAGCUUUGUCUGCCAGCUGACUGGUCACAUAACACCCCACUGCCACGUUUGCAUGCAGGACUUGCACAACUUUGAAAGGGUUGACCCUAACAGAGUUUUGUAGGGACACCCUGGGUGUUACUUGCACAGGCACACAGGUGUGUUCAGCCAGGUAAGUAGUUCAUCUUGAGCUCAGACUUCACUGAAUGUCACUACAUCCAUAUGGAUUUGGGGCACAGAAAGUACAAAAGAGCUGAUUGUAGCAUGACUAGCUGGCACUGAGAAAGCAGCUCCAAAAAAAAAAACAACAACCAGACCAAACAAAAGGCACAAGCUACAUGUUGUACCAGUUUUGUAGAAUGCUGUUGGGGUAUUGGACAGCAAAACCACUCUUACCUUUGCAGCCAUUUCCUUUCCUCUGAAAAUGGCAAGAGCUGAAGGUGAAAACUGCCUGAUCUCAUUCAGCAGGGAAAUUUAAAAAAUGAGGAAAGAGCAGUGCCUACUCUUAACUAUGUGUUGUAAAUGUGAAGAGCUUGGAAGUUGAGAUGGUGUUGCCGAUUCAAAUUUACCAAAGGAAACCUUCCUCUGAGGAAGGUUCAUAAAAGUAUUUUGAGCUUUUACCUCUGAAAAGUGGCUGUAGCAACCUGUACUGUAUAUAGUACACUGGGGAAAACUUGCUCCGGUAAGCUUACUAAACAUUUUCUUACACUAUGUGUAAGAAAUUACAUUGCUUUUUUUUUUUUUUUUCUUUUUCACUGUAGAGCAUUUUAACAAGCUGAUUUUUGUCUUGCUUAAUGCUAGCAUGUGUGAGGCAGCAUUUUAUUAAUGUGAAAAUAGUAAGAACUGGUUUGUUGUCUAAAUGCCUGAAUUCCUUUAACAUCAGUAAAUUCUGUGAAGUGAAGCAAGAUUAUACUUUCUUAUUCCCCAUCUGUUCUGUUGAAAUGCUAUCAUUUAACUUCAGUUUUAUAUUGCACACAUUAUUAAAAUAAAAUUUACAUUGAUUAGCUGCUAAUGAUAAUACCGUAGCAAAUCUAAGAGAAACUGUGAUAUCUGCUGUGUAUCAACUUGCUUGCCUCUGUAAAGCGUCGAUCCAUGUUAGACUUUUAAUGCCUCCUGCAGUGAUGCUCAUACAGAAUUCCAGUAUCCCUACAUGUACUCUGCAUGCCUUGCAUUUGUGCACUGUAAAAGGAUAGACUGUUUUGCAGUACUUACUUUAGGUUUUAAAAAAAUGCCCUUCCAUUAUUUUAUAUAGUAUUUCCCGUAUCCAAAAUAGGACAAUUUCUAAAGCCAAAGAUCAAUAAAUGUUUAUUGUC